AUGCGAACAUUUGAAUGGGAUAAUAUGGGAAUGAAAAUUGACGGUCGGCAGUUACAUCAUCUUCGCUUUGCUGAUGACAUCGUCCUUAUAACACCAAACAUUAGCCAAGCGGAACGUAUGCUCGCCGCCUUCGAUAAAGCCUGUGGAAAGAGUGGUCUUCGACUAAAUCUUACAAAAACGACGUUCAUGGGGAAAGUAUUGGUUUCAUACGCCUCGUUUACGCUCAACCGAGACGAAUAA